GGGAGUGAAAGCUCUCGCCUCACAAUCACUUCAGCUGCAGAUGAAGAAAGUCUCGCGGACGCGCAAAACGUUAAAAAGGCUUCAAAACGAUUAAAACAACCGCGAAACGGCUCGAGUGGCGAGUUUUUCUAAAACACGAAACGUCUCGCUACCGAUACCGCUACUGUCGGACCGCGGGCUGCUGAAGGGAGCGAGGAAACCAGCCCGUAGCUGCUGCAGAGGAUGAGCAAACGACCGAGCCCGAAUUCAGCUUCUGCAGCGGAGAACUUUCGCGCCUUUUUCUGAUUUUUUAAACCACCAACGUUCGAUUUGGAAUCCUAACGUUCGCUCCGCUGUUUAACCGCUCCCCGCUUACGCUUCUAACGCCUCGUCAUGUUUUUUACUCUUUAUUUUAUUCAGCACGUGAAGCCCGAGUCGCGAAUAAGCUCCGAAACAGUUCAGCGGGGACGAUAACGUGUCGUUAAAGUGCUUAUUUGUAACACUUGAAGCUUGAAUUUGGGAUUUUUGCUUGUCGGGAAGGCUGAGGAUUUUGAGUCGUUUUUCAGAGGUUGUGCAGCUCUCUGCUGGUUUACAGACACACAGUGAGGAUCAUGCUGAUGAAGGAGUACAGGAUAUGCAUGCCACUGACAGUGGAGGAGUACAGGAUCGGGCAGCUGUAUAUGAUCAGUAAACACAGCCACGAGCAGAGUGACCGAGGAGAGGGAGUGGAGGUGGUGCAGAACGAGCCCUUCGAUGACCCCACGCAUGGUCACGGCCAGUUCACAGAGAAACGUGUCUACCUCAAUAGCAAACUGCCCAGCUGGGCAAGAGCAGUGGUGCCCAGAAUCUUCUAUGUGACGGAGAAGGCAUGGAACUAUUACCCUUACACAAUCACAGAAUACACAUGUUCGUUUUUGCCAAAGUUCUCCAUCCACAUAGAAACCAAGUAUGAAGACAAUAAAGGAAGCAAUGACAAUAUCUUUGAUAGUGAGCUGAAGGACCAGGAGAGAGAAGUGUGUUUUGUAGACAUUGCUUAUGAUGAGAUUCCAGAGCGCUAUUACAAAGAGUCAGAGGACCUGCGCUAUUUUAAAUCAGAGAAGACAUCUCGCGGCGCGCUGCAGGAGGGGUGGCGGGACACACAGGAGCCCAUCAUGUGCUCCUACAAACUUGUUACUGUCAAGUUUGAGGUGUGGGGCCUUCAGACACGUGUUGAGCAGUUUGUGCACAAGGUGGUGCGGGACGUGCUGUUGCUGGGCCACAGGCAGGCCUUUGCCUGGGUGGAUGAAUGGAUUGACAUGACAAUGGAUGAGGUAAGAGAGUUUGAGCGUACGAUCCAGGAGGCCACCAACCAGAAGAUCGGAAUGUUCCCUCCAUCCAUUUCCAUUGGGGAGACUCCGCUCUCGUCUCUGGCUCCCAACGGUCCGGCUAGCGCCCCAUCCACCCCACUGUACACUGACGCCCCAGAGUUCCUCUCCGUUCCCAAAGACCGCCCUCGCAAGAAAUCCGCCCCAGAAACCCUCACUCUGCCUGAACCCAUCCAAUCAGAGUCCACUGCUGCCUCCGAUCCCGCAGAUAAUCACUCCUCCCUCAGCCCCGAGCACACUCAGACGGAGUGAUUUGAGACCCACCUCCUCAUGACUUUUUUCCUGCUAUAAGGAUCAUCUAAACACAGUUCAUCUGCCUUCCUCAUUCCACAUAUUCCUGUAAUAAUGGUGGACUCCAUUAUUACUAGAGUAUCUUAGCAGAUCUGAUCUCUGACCCUGUAAAUGGGCUUCCUGCCUUGACUCAACAGUUUCUAAUUUUUCUGUUUUAAAAGUACCAAUAAUGUUGUAUUGCUACAUUGCUACAGUUAUCAGUAAUGUUUGAUUUUGGCAUGAAGGUCACUUGUAGAGACCUUGUAGCUGUUUUUACUUUUCCCUUCUUUUUACUAUGAAAUCAUCACAAUCAAUUAGGAGACUAUCCACAUGUGGCCUAAAUAUGGUUGCCUUUUACAAUUCCAAAGCAGACAUCCCAAGCACAGCUAUGGGUUAGGGUGAAUUGUCAUUUUACAAAAUAUCAUCUCACUCCUCACUUGUAGCCAUAUCAAUUACAAUCUGUUACAAUCAUCAGACAGAAAGUAUCUUCAGAGUAUCUCACUCACUUUUUGCAGUCAGAGAUGCACACAUGCAACACCAGACCAAUCAAACUGCUUCUCAGGACUUUAGAGGUCCCAGCCUUUCAAAUGCUAUGGCAGGACAUAAAGGCCCAAUCCUGUUUCUCAUUUUUACCCCUACCUGUUGUUUUCCCCCUGUGAACUGAGUUACAAGAGGUAAAAAGUGGUUAAAAUCCUCCCACUAAGAAAAUAGCGAGCCCUCUAUAAAUAUGAUAAAUUGUCAAAAUAAAGAAAUUAAAAAGAACACUUCUUAAUGAGCAGGAUACUAGCAGUGCUCUAUAGACAAAACUGCCACUCUAUCAGCAGUGGAGCAGUAAACAACUUUGCUGCUGUGCUUUAGUCACAUUUAGAAAAUUGGAUCUCUUUUUUUUCGUCCACUGAAAUUUAUAGGAUGAACGAGAGCCAGUGCUAAAAUUUGUUUGUUUUAUGUUUUCUGUUCCAUCUUAAAUGCAUCAGUCCCAGUAACUGCUGCAGUACUGUUAAAGGUGGAACUGGAAAUGUAGGUUUCUGGCUACAGAGACAUAAUACUAGCGAUUUUCAUGCUUAAUAAUACUUUGAAACUACGCUAAACUAAGAUAAUGCAAUGGUUAUAGAAUUUUUUAAAGCUCACCUUCCGUCGUUUUUUCUUUCAUUUUAAAAUGUCUAGUUGUGGUCUCUAGUAUGAAUGAAUGACAUGUGAGCCGUUUUUGUAAAAAAAAAGUGCUCAGGUGUCUCUGUAUAGCUCUUUUUUAAUGGACUGUUUUAGGGGUGUGUCCAAAAUGACCGGAUUCCAGCUUUGCUCAUGAAUAUUCAUACAUGCAAACAGCAUGCAAAUAUCUCUCCUCUGAUUGGCUAGGAGCACUGCGACGCCCCUCCGCCGCUCUGCCGCUCACUGCCUCCCACCUCCUAACUGAUGAGCGGUGAUGUUGCGUCGCUUCAGCUCCGCCUCUGGGAGUUUCUCGAGCCAAGGUGGGCUGGUCUGUGAGUUUCUGCCUACGUAGGCAGAAAGAUAAUUCAAAAUUCACCCGUUUUUCGGAGGGGGGGAGGGGGGAUUUCUUUGCUUAGCUCCUGCAGACAAUGGGGGCUGCAAAACAGUUUAAUGUGCAGGUGUACACAUUCAACUCGGAGAGACCUACUGUAUUCCACAAAAAACAAGAAAAAUCGGAUUUUCGCGGAAGGUGAGCUUUAACAAAGAUAUAAGCAGUCCUAUUGCCAGAGAUUUUUAAUGUGUGCCUCUGAAAAAUCUUAGUUUGGAGAUGCCAUGCAGUCCUAACACUUUACCCUACCCCUCUUUCCCAACAAGAAUUACCGUAUUUUUUGGACUAUAAGGCGCACAUAAAAUCCUUUAAUUUUCCCAAAAAUCGCCAGUGCGCCUUUAAUCUGUUGCACUUUAUGGAUGAAUUCUACCAAUCAGUUAUUAAGGAGCAGUAACGCCACUCUGCUGAAGUGCAACAUUAUAAGGGUGAGUUUUCAGUGAAGUUUCUUCAGAGCUAAGGCUGGGUGCAGCAGCAUUAGAAUUAGCCGUUCAGAUGCGAGUAUAUUGGACUGUAGUCUCCUGGGAGGAACUGCUAGCUGAUAGCACCCUGGGUUACUGGAACCCGUUCCUCAGGCUAGCACAAUUGUGCGGCAUUUACGCCCCGCUAAGACGAAAUAUUGAAAAUCUAAGCUUACAGUAAAUAAACUGAAGCGCAAAUAAAUAAUAACUAUUAUCGCUUAAUGCGCCUUAUAAUCUAUAAGUGCACCUUAUAGUUCGAAAAAUAUGGUAAAAAAAAAACCUACUUCUUUCUAUAUUUGAGCAUGAAAAACAUAGGGGUAGAGCUAAGUCAUAGGGGCAAGGGGUGGAAUGGGAUUGGGCGAAAAAAAGAUCUCAGACUUUCUAAAUGUACAGCAGCCCAGGUUUCCAGCCAGGAUACCUGACCUGAGCAUUUCAGACCCUAUAGGAAUAAGCCAAUCCAACUUUUCAGACUCUGAUAUCUGAUGAUAUGAUAUGCUCUGUUCAGGCAUGUGUGUUUGUUUUAUUAAACUUCUUAUACAUAACCUACGUAAUGUAAAUAUAAGGAGGCUAAUAUACAGUAGUGCACAGGCAUGGUCAACCACCAAAACUCAGUUUAGGACUGAGCCUUUUUAAAUGUUUCUGUAGAAGAAUCCUUAAACAAUAUUGCACCAUUGCACCCAGUUCUAAAGCUAUUCGAUGUGACUAAGGAAAUAAGCAUAUUGAAUGUGGAUCCGUCCAUAUCUGAUUCAUUUAAUAAGGUCUAUGGCUGCGUCCAGAAACUUUUGCUGCUCCUCCUCUCCUACUCCUCCUUUCCUACUCCUCCUCUCCUACCCCGGAAGAAGGUGGAGGAAUCGAGGAGUGGAGAGGAGGAGGAGGAAUGGAGGGAAGGAGCUGUAAUUGGGGAAAUGGGACAGCUGAUCACUUUUAGAUAGAAUGUUGACUACCGAUGAACUGAGCCAAUCACAACGCUCACUUUCAGCACAUGCCGGAAACUGCCCAGCCAAUCACAGCUUCUGGAUAAAGCUACACACACAAAAAUAAAUACGAGAGAUCAAUAAACACAAUUCCACAUUUUAGAGAUCAAGCUUCAAAGUACAGCCUGAUGAGCCAUUGAUGAAGGAUGCAUAUGUAAAUAUUAAAUUAUUUUAAUAGUAAAAUAUGAUUUAAUCGAAUUUAAUAAAACAAAUAACAACUAUUAAUUAAUGAUUAAUUUAAUAAUAAAUAUAUUAUUUUGCAUACAUUUUGAAGUGAAAAAUAUUAGAUUAAACAGCAUCAAUGGAACAUUACUAUCACACAGCUAAAUAUUCAAAUAAAAUCCUGCUUACUCCCAGGCAUUUUGGACGCAUUUCUCUGGCAAGAUAUAUAUAAAUCUAUAUAUAUAAAUCAAAAUAUGGGAUCAUUUUUACUGAGCAUACAGCUUAUAUGAACUAAAAAGUAUAUUACUGCUUUACUGGCUCUUUAGUUAGACAAGGAACCUAGUUAAUUAAUAUGUUUAUGACGUAUAUUUGUGCGUUCCCUUCUCCAUUCCCACGAGCUCUGUGGGCGUGGAUGCAGUGAUGUCAUUCAAAAAUCCCUAAAAGUCUUCCGGAGUAGGAAGCUUUUAUGUUCCCUCCGUUGGAAGCCUCCUAGAGGAGAAUUUUAAGCGGCUUCUUUCGUCUCCUACGGUAUUCGGACAGGCGGUAAGAUGGCGUCAAGAAAUCAGUUUCCGGGUCACGGAGGAGAGGAGGAGGAUCGGUAGGAAAAAGGAGACACUUUUGGGGUUUCUGGACGCAGCCAUUGUUAGCUAUUAUUAUUGAUGCCAAUAAUAAUAGCCGGGGCACAAAAUUUAAAUUUAUAUGCCUCUGUGGACUGACACAGCAAACGAAUAAAAGCACCUCCUGUUGUUUCUUGUUAGAUUAUAGAAACAGCACAACUGACAAUCGAAUGAUUAAUGAUCAGCUUCACAAAUUUAAUCUGAAUGGAAAAGUACUUUGUAUAAACCCAUAGGGUAGAAAAUCAUUAGGGAUCAUGGAUUACAGUAUAUUUCAGGGCAUAAUCAGUCUUGCAUACCAUUCAUUUCUUUGACAUUAAAAUUUUUUUUUUCUAAGAUCAGGGUCAGUGGGUUAAGAUGUUUUAGGGGAAUUUGUCCACAUUGCUGAGAGGAGAUUAUUACUGUCUGCAUGUAUGAAGAAAAUCAAAGUAGCCUUAUGAGCCUAACCGUCGCUGAUGUCUCUGGAUGCCUGAUGACUUUGCUUCCAACUUUCAGAAUAAUACCAGAUAUACUUGCACAAGUAAAUAUGUAUAAAAAAUAGACUUUACAUUUUUCAGACUUUUUUCAGCUUAGCAAGUUUGUGCACAUUCUUAACUCGAGGGAAAUCCUUAAGGGGUGGAGCUUGACCCAAGAGAGCAUCCAUGUUUUUGGCUACAUUCUUUUAAAGCUUAGUGAAGUAGCUGCUCUUUCUCCUUGAAAUCAAUUGUAGAUGGGGUGUAUUACAAGCUGCAUGGACUGUUCACAGGCUAAAGCCAUGUGCAUAUGCAUUUAAGAGGCAGGGAUUGCUGGCGAAUGCAAGGUGGAUUAGAUGGUUUUAUAAAAACUAAAGUGCAUCAAAAUUGAAACUGAGCAUGCUUUGAUUGAAACAGUGGCUCCAACAGUGCCUCUGCAUGCAAGUGUAAAUAAAUAAAUAGACAAACCAAGUAAAUAUGUCUGUAUACCAAAAUCUCUAACUUUUUAAUGGUUUAAAUCUUAGUUUAAGUUCUUGUUAGAUGGUUCGCCUUUUUGUGCUGUUUUUGUAUCUUAGUUGUUUUGUUUUUUUAAUGAUUAGUAGAAUUAUAUUUAGUGUUAUUUUUCAGUAGUUGUAAAUUGACUGCUGUGUUUUAAAUCAGUCUGAAGCACCUUGAAUGAGAUAUUCAAACUUGAGCCCAGAGCCAUUUUUGACAUAAAAAGAAAGAAAAAAGGAAAAAAAAAAAACAGAAAACAAAACUUGACCAUGCUGCUACUCGAGUCCUUACAGCUGCGUUAGUAUUCCUCAGCCAAAUUCUCUAAUACAGAGAAUGGUUCAGUCUUUUUGUUCUGAUAAUCAAGUUUAGUUUAGCCACUUUCGACUUUCGAAUUUGUCAACAGGAUUAAAACCUACAUGUCUUUGGAUUUUUAUUCUCGCUAUACAGUCAUGUAGUCAUGAAAGAAAUUGUGACACCCAAUUAAAACCUUUUCUACACUGCCUGGCCAAAAAAAAAAUCGCCACAGAGUCCAGAUCUUAACCUCAUUGAGAAUCUUUGGGAUGUGCUGGAGAAGGGCUGCUUUGUGCAGUGGUCAGACUUUACCAUCAUCAAUGCUGCUGAAAAAUUAAUGCAACACUGGAUUGAAAUAAAUCUUGUGACUAUGCAGAAGCUAAAGGUGAUCCAACAAGAUUUUAGAGUGUGAGGCAAUUUUUUUUUUUUACCAGGCAGAGUAUUUUUUUAACAAGUUGAUUAAUAUGGACACUUGAACAAAACUGAAAGAUGCAAGUGACAUAACUAAACAGAAAACUGUGGGAAAAAGUUACACACCUACAUUUUUUACUACUAAAAAUGUUUAAAAUUAGAAUCAAUUGCAGCACAUAGUUAUAAUGGAUUUUGGAGUCCGUUUUAGUGAAACGGGAUUCACUCUAAAGAAGUUUGUGGAUGCAGAAGAGAGUGAGACAUUAUUUAAAAAGAUCUCAGAACAAUUCUAAAUUAGCCAUUAUAUUGUUCUCUACAUCAGGCCGUCCUAACAAGUUCAGCCCAAGAAGAAUUGUACAACUGUCCUGAAACGUCGUUGCAGGACAUACAGGGGGCUCACUUGCUAAUCAAAGUUAUUGAGGUACCUGUAUCCAGUCGUGAAUCUUGAUCACCUUCAGCAUUCUUGUUUUUGUUUUUUAUUCAAAUGUCCAUAUUUAUUUAUAUGUUACAAGUUUUUAUUGGGGUUCCAGUUUCAGGAAUGGGUUCAUACCAACCAAGAGAGAGCACGGCCAGCUGGGCACAAGACAUUGUAGUGAUUACAACUUGUUGCAGUAGGUCUACCACAAACCCAGCUGGCCAGAAACAACAUUGUCUAAUCUGGACUUUAAAAACUGCAGUACAUUAUCUGAACCCCCAGUGUAUUAAAAUAGCACCUGGAAUUUCAACAGAUACAAUCUAACUUACAUGGCACUGCAUAUGUACCUUUGCACCACAAUCCCAGGGAUAUGUUUCUAUUGAAGGCCGUUGUGCUUCUUUCUUAAAUGGGCUUUGUAAAUAUGGUAUUUUUUUGUUUGUUUGGGUGGGAGGGAGGGGUUGCUGUGGGAAUUUCGAUUUGCUAUGUGAACGUAAAGUGGAAGAAUUUGGAGUAGAUCUCCUGUGCAGAGUUGUGAAGAUAUUUUUUGUUUGUUUGUUAAUUGAACGAUUGUUAUAUCACCUUUUUUGCUUAAAAUAGUCAUUUUCUGUUGAAUUGCAGAUGCUGUUAUAUAUCGCUAUGAUGCACAGAACGAUUCAUGAAAGUGAGCCAGAUUCAUUCUUAUAUUGACUAGCUUUGCUCUUCUUUUAUCUGUUUGAAUUAUUAUUAAACAUAUUUUCCUUUUGUUUUAAAAACAAGCAAGACAAGUUAUGAAAUAUAAGUGUUGUCAUUUUGUAGUUUAUUUUGUAAAUUCUUGUGAACAGUGCUUGCAGUUGAUUUCUCUGUUAUGUUGCAUAUCAGCUUCGCUCUUUUCUUUCCUCCGUGGCCAGAUUUUGUCUAGUUUGAGCUGCACCUUUAAGGCCAGUGCUGUUCACAACAUGAUUCAACUAAUCUAAUCAGCUCUGUUACAGAUCUUAAAUUGUAAAGAGAACUAUUGAAAGGGGGGGGGGGGGGUAUCAACAGCUGGCAUUUCACAAGUUUAGUAUCUUUAAAUACGGCAUUUGCCCUUUAUUUUUUCUGAACAUUUUAUGACAAAUGGACCAAGAGUUGUGGUCCAAAAAUACUCUUCUGGUCACUUUUUCUUCUCCGAUGUUUUAGAGCUUAAUCUUAUGAUACACAGUCUGUGCAGUGUGCUGUGAACUGGCACAUUGGUACAGUUACUGAUAAAGCUAUAUAUUAAAAUACUGUUUUAAUAUAAUAUGUUGCAUAUUGUAAGUUUUCUUGCUUAAUGCACAUUCUUAGCCCAGAUCUGAUUUGUCUGACAUGAUGGAUCACAUUCACAUUAAUGUGAAUGGCCCAUGUUUGUUUUUAGUUUGUUUUGGGGCAUUUUCACACCUUUUUCAGAAUUUUAAAUCUGGUUAAAUCUGACUCUAGUUCUUUUUGGCUCUUUUUGCUAAAGGGCAGGACUUUAUUGCAAAAUAAACAAUGGGUUAAGCAUUACGAGAACUCCUAAUCAUAUUUCAGCUCGUGGUUGUUCUCAUUAAAUAACAUCUCUGGCCUGGAUUUUUCCUUGUGUGAAAACAAACCAAACUAAUGGUAAAAUGCAAUGGUAAUUUGCACCAGCAACUGAACUAUAGGUGUAAAAACGCCCUGACAACAUACCCUAAAGUGCCCCAUGUGUCCAAAGCCAAAUCAAUUUUACUAUGUGAAUAAAACAAAUCAGGCACAACAGCUGCUGAACUGACAGCACAACUGGCACCUUUUUUUUCCAUGAAGAUAGUUUAAGUCUUGCUGGAGACUGAACUGCAAAGAGAUCUGGCCAUUAGGUUUAAUUGGCCACAACGUAUGAAAAAAAAAGUUCAGAAUUAAUUUGAUAAUUUGAAGUAUCUUUUUUCUAUUUUUUUAAAGCAAAUUGAUUUGUGCCUAAUAAUGUGAACAGUAUGGAUUUAAGUCAUGAUGAAAAAAAAAAUACCCAAACCUCAGGUUACAUCAUUUUUCCUGAGUUUCAAACUGGUAAUAACAACAAAGCUUGAAAAUUCUACUCAGUAGCCUGUAGUUUUGGUAUGUUAAUAAAUAAAAAUCCUACAGCCAUAAGAACAGAUUCCCAAUAUUGUUUGAUUUCUGUAAGAAAUUUAAAUAUUUAAGCAUUCUCAGGCAAUUGAAAUGCUGUUAGUUGCACUUAUGUGAUUCAUUUUAAAUAAAGGUUAGUUUUCUAGUGGUCCUCAACAUUUUCACACUUAGGGAUAGAUUUCUUUAGUGUUGUUUUUAAAAGCAAGCCCUGAGAAAGAGGACCAAGCUUUUCAUUUCUCAUGAAGCUGUAGCUGGUAAUGAUGUCAUGUUGAUAUAGUUUCUUUGUCAACUACAAAGUGCCAUCCUUUUUGGACUAACAAAUGGCCUCUCUGGGUUCCUGUACUCUGGUGUAUUUUUACGGACCUUAACUAUUAUUUUGUUCUGAUUCAUUGUAAUUAUUGUUUCUCUAUUGAUUCUCUUUUCUUAAUUCUUGUAGCGAAUAAAAUUUACUUGCUCUUA